AUUUACAUCAUCCACAUAAUUAUUCAUUGUUUGCUCAGAUGCUUAAUUGUCUUGGCCGGUAUGGAGUAUACGGAGUUGUCCUUUUCUGUUCCCUGGGGUGUCAUUCAAGCCAAAUGCUGGGGUMAUCCUUCUGGAAAGCCAUUUCUAGGUUUACAUGGAUGGCUAGAYAAUGCGAAUACCUUCGACAAACUUGCUCCAUUAUUGCCAAAGAACAUCUAUUUUGUARCUAUUGAUUUCCCAGGUCAUGGACGGUCAUCGUGUCGACCUUUAGGUGUACCAUACACUUUCUUCGACUGGGUUAUAGACGUAAAAUGGGUUGUAUCACAGCUUGGWUGGAAGAGAUUYUCCUUGAUUGGCCACAGUAUGGGUGCAGGUGUAGCAGCYCUCUAUGCUGGAGCUUUUAAUAGCGAAAUUCUAGACCUUAUUCUCAUCGAGUUUCGUGGGCCUUCGGUGGUGAAAUACCAAGAUGCCAGCAAAGUCUUAGCAAGUUGUGCACAGCAUUUGGUAAGCGACCACAGGGAGACAAAUGGAAUCAAAGUUUUUCCAAGUCAAGAAGCUUUGGUUUCCAGAAUGCUUAAGAGUAAUCCCGAGCUGAAUAAAGAAUCUGCUACUGCUUUAGCGAAAAGAAAUUUAACAACAAACGGGAAGGUUGUGAUGGUCAAUGAAUCACGACUAAAAGCUGCGGCAUUGAGAGAUGUACAAGGGAAUUAUGUUGCCACAAGUCAAGAACUUAUCAAGUCGGUUCUUUCUCGCGUGAAAUGUCGUGUGCUUGCCAUACAGGGCUUGCAAUGCCAUCCCGUGUUCAGAAUUCAGCACAAUUUUAUCAAAGAAAGAUUCGAAGUUCUUCAAAACAGUGCCAUUUUCUACGAAUAUUGUGAAGUUCCUGGUAAUCAUUUUGUCCAUCUUAAUGACCCUACCUUGGUUGCUGGGAAGAUAAAAUCGUUUCUUAAUAACGAAUUACAAAGCAAACUUUAGCCUAAUCAUUAUAUUAGAUGGCAUGCUUUUUGUUGGUUCUUGAUAAUCCGCAAAGGAAAGGAUUAACUCUUAUCAGUCUUUUAAAAGUGACAUGUAGUGUUAAAUACGUUGUUCAGUGAUGAUGAGCAUUUCAGUGAAUCCGUUAACAAUAAAAAAGAAUA